ACUCUUCAACGAAUAAAAUCAGAUGAGAAAGGUUUAGUCAGAAAUACCAUUUCGCUGAACGUAGACGUGUUAAAUUUCGCUUCUUACCGAAUCUCGCUUCUAACCAAAUUAUUAGCAUCAAUGGCAGAUGAAGUUCACACCGGAUUGGAUUUAAUCAGGGGUUACUGGCGGAGUUACGGAAAGUCCAAAUUCAACGAGCCGGAAAUAAGAGAAGAAGAUUCUAAAAUUGUUGUUCGAUGCAAACAUGCAAAAUGCGAUAAAGAGUAUAAUGUCCACGGUCUAUUAAAAGUCGCAAUACCAAGCUCACGCGAAAAUUACUUCAAGAAUCUUCAUAGCAAGUGCAAAGAAAGACACCAAGGGAAACAUUUGAUGAAAUCCGACCCCGUUCAGUCAAGUCAUUCUGUUGAAGUCGCUGGCGAAGAGCUGGCGACCCAAAAAGAAGUGAAGUUGGUUAACGGGGUAGUGGAACGCGCAGCUGUUGCCAGGGGAGAGGAAGUCGCCCAACAUCGCUGCCUGCGCUCCUGCGCGGCUCGCGGCUGUACCCUCCGCCCCUAG